UUAUAAGGCCGGGGACAUCAUAUGCUGAUGAGGGUUUCCUAUGUUAUGCUACAUACAUAGUGUUGAGAUAUAUUAUCCCGGUCCGUUACUAUUCAGGAGUCCAAGACUGUACGUAGUACGGAGCCCGAUCAACGAGGCCUACCUUCAGCCUAUCAAGCCUAUUUCGGUCCUUGGGCCCAUUUCGGCCCAUCCGGCCCAUUAGGUUAGGUUUUCCCCCUUUCCCUUACCCCUAUAAAUAUGGGGCUUUCCCACAUGUUUAGGGAGGACUUUUUUCCUUAGCUUAUUCUUCUUCCUUCUCUCUAGCUAGCUUACUUACAAUACUCCAUUAAUGGGAGCUCAGAUUGUACUAUGUAAUGGUGAGGAGAGAUUAAUGAGAAUGAGAGGGCUUGGACAUUAGUCUAAAAAGUCCCGUGGUUUUCUCCCUUUCUGGUUUCCACGUAAAAACUGAGCUUGUUCAUACACAUUUAUACAUAUAUUUACUAUAUCGUGUUGGAUUAAACUCAGCACUGGUACCGUCUGUGGGAAUCAGUUCAAAAAGUUUAGCGUGUUCUUGAUUUUUCUACAAAAAAUCUGAGGCAGAGGACUGAUUUUCAACAAAAAAAAAUGAUACGGAAAUGCAAUGGAUUUCCAAUAAACAAAAAUGAUUCUAGAAGGGAAAACAUGAAGAAGAUCUGACGUGACCAAGAAAAAUAAGGAGCUAGCUACGAAAGAAGGAAGAAAAGUCCAAGGUUGUCCAGACCGGGUUGGGGUCAUCGGAGCCGCCGCCGCAGACCCUCCGGUGGGUUCACCUGCCCCAGGUGGAGUUCGCUACGGCGUACCGAGUCUCACCUAUCCGUCUCUAGUAAAACGCCGGCGGCUACAGAAUUACCGGUGGUUUGUCGUUGACUCCACUAAAGGAGAAAAUAGAAUAGACAGACAACAUGUGAAAACUGGCAGUAUGGCAGAGAGGUCCCGCAUGUACCGUACUCAAGAAUGAUGGGCCUUCAUGGUGUGGAGUGCGGACGAGCGGAUUUGCCUCCAAGCACUUUCUACGGAUGUAGUCAUGCACCAGCCGGCUGGCCGCUCGGCCUCUCAAAUGCAGGCUAGUGGUCAACGCACGUCACUAGGCAGGGAACAAUUCGAGUACCAUGUAAGCUGCCUGCCCGGCGUUUGAAGUGUUGCCCAAUGAUCAGCACCGCUCAAUUCUCCAACACGGCUAAGAGCUGUGGACAUGCAGCACGGCCCACCGCCCAGUCAACGAGCUGCCGACCGGCAUGUGGCUUUAGCCACCUUUUUGCUGCCAGGAAUUUCAGAGGACCUGACGUAUAUUGACGCACGGAGGAGGCCGUUGCACUACCCGUCAUUGUUUUUUCUUUCACACGAGAGGAGGCCGGGAUCGGAAAAGGGUAACCAUAUCUUAGCUCGGCUAAGGGAGCUUUAGGGAAGCAGCCGCUCCCACCUGGUUCGGGGGUAUGGGGGGGAUCCCUUACAGCUUGAAGUUGUUACUUUGAUUCUCAGUAAGAGAUGGGACGCUCGGCUUGAAGUCGGGGUAGAUAUCAAGCACAUCCAUGCCACCCUACCCUAGCACCGGAUGCUCUGCAUGAGUUUUUGAGCCUAGGUAGCGCCGCUAUUAUCCGACCCUUGGCCGUCUCCACCGGUAUUGGAUAGUACCUUGGCCGGUCGGUACAUAAUCUACCACGACGAGCGACCGCUAGUUCUGUUUGCCCAUCCGGGAGGAAACGUCGUCGUAGGGGCUCGGACGGCUAGAUGAUAUGCAUCGCCGCUCGUCCCCCCACUCAGAUCCAGACUGCCGCUCCGCGUGAACUCAAGUUUUAGCAUUGGGUUGCAACCUUGCUCCAAGAGCGUCCUGGGGCUGGAAAACAUUGCAUGGUGGAACAGCAGGGGGCGUGUGAUGGUCAGCCAGCGAUCUAAGUUGUGAGGGCUAUUCUCUGGCAGAACGUCUAUAGCAAAGUUUGGAGCUUGGGAAACUCAUAGCUAGAAAAUUUUGACUAAGUCAAAAUUGCCAAAAGGAACCAAAUCAAGCUUCAGAAAAUCUCAACUGGCCGAACGUCCAUCGAUCUCCAAAAGCUAAGUACCCCAUACGGUGGUACAUUUAAAAAUUGACAGUGAGUAAGUAUUAUUAUUCGCUAUCAACACUAUUUAUCAGGGAUUAAAAUGUCCCAAAAUAAAUAUUAGCGAGCGAAGUUCGGGGAUGAGCUUCCACCGACAUUUUUAUUUAAUAGUUAGGGGCUGGGUGACGGGCCGAGCCGAGGGUCAUUGUACCCCGAGGCCAACCGUCCCGGAAGAGCCCCUGAUAAAAAAGAAAAAAGAAAAAAAAUAAUUAAAAAAAAAAGAAUGUGCACAUAUACAUAUUGUCUGGCCAUUUGGCCGCGUUACUAUGUUCAUUGUGCAGAUAAAGAUCAUAAUCAGAUUAGAGAUGAUGCUCAAAAUGAACCUUGGUGUCAAGGGCUUGGGGACGAACAUCUCCACCCCAGAAGCCGAGCGUCUAAAGAAGACCACCAAAGGUCAAGGGCUCGGAGACGAGCAUCUUCCACCCCAAGAGCCAAGGGCCGUGGACGAUCAUCUCCUCCUCAGAGGCCGAGUGUCUAAAGAAGACCAUCAAAGGCCAAGGGCUCGGAGACGAGCAUCUUUCACCUCGGAUGUCGAGGGCCCGAAGACGAUCAUCUAUCGUCCAGUGGCCUAGGCCUGGGGACGAUCAUCUUUCGACCCGGAGGCCAAGGGCCGGAGAUGAUCAUCUAGCAUCCCAAGGUCAAGGGCUUGAAGACGAGCUUCUCCACCCGGAGGCCGAGGGUCGGGAGACGCGCUCCUCCACCCUAGAGGCCGAGGGCUUCGAGACGCGCAACACAUCCUGAGACCGAGCAUGCCCAGGGUGAGCAUGUUGAGGUAGAAAUGUCCCAAGGAGACCCAACCUAGCAUCUGGAGGUCGAACGUCUCUAGGAAUAGGCCGAGGAUUGUCGUUGUAUGACGACUCUGAGGACUGCUAUCGGGUCGUGCAUCAAGAGCAAAGACACAUCUAGGCCGAGUUUCUAGGGACGAACGUCCAAAGGAAGUCGAGUCGGGUUUCUAGGGACUAAUCUUCCUAAGCAUGUCGGCCCAAGCAUCCAGAAGGAAAAUUCCAGAGCCCCAACAACUAGAGUUCGAGCGGGCUGACCGUCAAGGGAUCGGACGUCCAGGGAAGCCCAACCUGGCAUCCGGAGGUCGAAAGUCUCUAGGAAUAGGCCGAGGAUUGUCGUUGUAUGACGACUCUGAGGACUGCUGUGACACCGCACCCGAAUGUACUUGAAUUUGAAAGUGG